CCUGCCGCCAUAUUGAUAUAGUUUUUUAAAAUUUGACAAAUAUUCAACAUUUAGUCACUGAUAUGAUUACACAUGAUGUCUUAUAGAUAGUAUUGACUGUACAGGUAUUAAGGACGAUGUCUCGAGCGACAGUUUCCAAAUCGCGAGCAGACAAAACUAAAGGGUCACAGAAUGCUCCUACACCAGCUGUGGCACACGAAGUUGUGCCUGGAAAGUUCAAUGACAAUGAUUGGAAUGUUAUGGUAGACAGAGAUGACGGUGAAGAAAUCGCUUCAGAUAUACUUGGUGAUUUGUGUGACAAUGUCCUAGAUGUGAUCUAUCAAAACUACAUUCAACGCCAACUUCUGCCUUAUACAAUAGCCCAGGCCAAAGAUGCAAUAUUACAAAUAGUCGAGUGGCAGUUCUUGUCACGUGAUGAAGGAGAAGAAGAUACAGAAGGUGACCCUAGCUGGAUGGAAGAUGAGGAACCAAGUGCUGCUGUAACAGACUGUUGGGCUCAGGGCUCUGUACCACGCCAGAUGGCACCACCAGUCUCAACAAUAGAAGAAGAGGAUACCUGUGUCACAACUGGUGAGACAUCGCAGAGUGACACAGGUGUUGAAGAUGUAGAAGAAGAUGACAUCAAAGAAGACCUCAGGCUUAUCAAAGAAGCUACUUUAGAACCAGUCAUAGAUAGCAAAGAAGAAACCACCAGUGAGGAACAAAAAGAAACAGAUAAAGAAAAUACAGAUGUAUCUGAAACAAAAGUAGCACCAAAAAAGAAAAACAAAUUCCGUCCUUACAAAGGCAGAAUCAACUCAGCAUCUUACAAGUACAUGCACCAGUCACUAGAAGACACAGAACGUAUGUACAGGGAAUAUGAGACAGUUGUACCAACACCUGAAGAACCAAGUGAGAAACAGAAGACUAUGCCUGCCUCAUGCCAAUCAAUCGUCAAGGUGCAAGCUGGUAGACCCCCUGGUACCAGGGAUGUCCAGUAUGAUGAAGUUGGUAAUGUGAUAGGAGUGGUAAAGAUCAACAGAAACAAGCUACCCUCACAUAGAGUGAAGACUCGCUACCAUGUAGUAGAUCCAGCAGUCGAGGCUGCCCAGGCCAGACUUGAGGCCAUGAGGACAGGAAAAUUCCUUGAUAAGCACCAAAAAGCUAAGAAAAUUGCACCUGUGAUUAUAACAGCUCCCUCUGUGCCUGCGUCAGAGUUUUACACGUCAACGGUUGGUGCCCCUGUGAGCACCAGGAUGACAGGCACUACUACCAUGUCCAAAUAUGAUGGUAAAAGGGGGGCUGUCACCCCUCUACCUCCACCAUUGAUUGAAUCAAUGGAGGUGCAGCCAGGAGUGGUUGUGAGAGAAGGGAAUAGAAUCAAAAAAGGUCCAAGAACGUAUCGUAAAGGAGUAAACAUAAUGUUGGACAAUGCUUCAGUAAUGCAGCCAGUUACAAUGCAAGCUGGUAUGCCAUUAAUCUCAGCUGCCCAGAUCCUAGAGCAUCAGACGCCCCUAGUGAGGCCCCUGGGGUCAGCUGGGGUCAUACCACCCAUUAAAAUGACCCCUCAUCCACCCUCUAGAGCUCAAGUGAACUAAAUGAAUGUGAGGAUAACACCAAGCACCCAGUAUUCAAUCAAGAAUCAGAAAAUAUGAUUAUCUAGGAUUUUUACAAAUGGCACAAUGCAAUCCAUGUGUCAAAUACCACAUACACAAGAUGUUCAUCACCAAAGAUUUAUUCUCAUAAACACAAAUAUACCACAUUAAGGAUCUUGUCAUUUUCAUUCACCAAACAGGGAAAGAUCUGGAAUUUAACAAGGGACUCAAAUUAGGCAAAAAUAGCUUAGGCCAACCAUGAAAAAAAAGGGCCAUAAAUGAUAACAUCGCAGUUAAUCUUGCAUACCAUCAAAGAAAAACUACAAAAGUAUAUGCCACCCUUAAUGCAAAGCUUUGGUCUUCUCCCAGAUCUACCAGUACCAAUUGCCUUAAUGUCUUGAUAUUAUUAGUAUUUUGAAAUUGAGAUGUCACAGUAUGGCAAUAAUUGAAAAUCAUGUUUGAAUCUUCCAUCAAAGAAUUAAUUGAACGCACGAGAAUCUUUAACUGACGUUCACUGCUGAUAUGAGCAUAUUGUAUACCCGCAGUCAAAACUUUAUCACAAGAAUGGAAACUGAUGCCAAAAUUACGCAAAACUAUUGCAUAAAUAUUGACAGCUGCUUGACCAGUGAAAAUAUAUUUAAUAUUUUUCCAUUCUUUUCAAACACAUUAAAAUAUAGUUUUUGUAUAACAAGUAUUUUGACUGAGAUUGAACAAUAUAAAUGUUUACACAGAAUCCGUCCAAGAAGCAUUCAUGAGCAUUUAUUUUGUAACGCUUUUGUGAAAAUAUUUUGAGAAUUGUAACAUGCGAUUGUAGCCUUUGCUCCAUCAGUUUGUUACAUCAAUACAAAACAAUCCGUCCAUUUGCCAAUAUUAUCUGUUAUGUUGUACAAUCGUAGAUGAUUAGAAAAACUGUAAAUACUGUACAUUAUCUGAAUCAGGAGUAUUGUAUAUAAAUAAAUAAUAAUACAAAUAUAAAUAUUUG